UCCUCAGCGGACUUAUUUUUCUUCCUCUCAUUCAUCUCUCUCUCCCCUAAGCUACCUGGCUUAUCGAAACUUCAUGAUUGACACGUACCGGCUGAACCCCCAAGAGUAUCUCACCUCCACCGCCUGCCGCAGGAACCUGGCCGGUGAUGUCUGUGCCAUCAUGAGGGUCCAUGCCUUCCUAGAACAGUGGGGUCUUAUUAACUACCAGGUGGAUGCUGAGAGUCGACCAACCCCAAUGGGGCCUCCGCCCACCUCUCACUUCCAUGUCUUGGCAGACACACCAUCAGGGCUGGUGCCUCUGCAGCCCAAGACCCCGCAGGGCCGCCAGGUUGAUGCUGAUACCAAGGCUGGGCGAAAGGGCAAAGAGCUGGAUGACCUGGUGCCAGAGACGGCUAAGGGCAAGCCAGAGCUGACCUCUGCUUCCCAGCAAAUGCUCACCUUCCCUGACAAAGGCAAAGAGAAGCCGACAGACAUGCAGAACUUUGGGCUGCGCACAGACAUGUACACAAAGAAGAACGUCCCCUCCAAGAGUAAAGCUGCGGCCAGUGCCACUCGAGAGUGGACGGAACAGGAGACCCUGCUCCUCCUGGAGGCACUGGAAAUGUACAAAGAUGACUGGAACAAAGUGUCAGAGCACGUGGGAAGCCGCACGCAGGAUGAGUGCAUCUUGCAUUUUCUUCGUCUUCCCAUUGAAGACCCGUACCUGGAGGACUCAGAGGCCUCCCUGGGCCCCCUGGCCUACCAGCCUAUCCCCUUCAGUCAGUCAGGCAACCCUGUUAUGAGCACUGUUGCCUUCCUGGCCUCUGUCGUCGAUCCUCGAGUCGCCUCUGCUGCUGCGAAGUCGGCCCUAGAGGAGUUCUCCAAGAUGAAGGAGGAAGUGCCCACAGCCUUGGUGGAGGCCCACGUCCGGAAAGUGGAGGAGGCAGCCAAGGUGACGGGCAAGGCAGACCCGGCCUUCGGUCUGGAAAGCAGCGGUAUCGCAGGAACCACCUCUGAUGAGCCUGAGCGGAUCGAGGAGAGCGGGACGGAUGAGGCACGGGCAGAGGGGCAGGCCGCGGAGGAGAAGAAGGAGCCCAAGGAACCCCGAGAAGGAGUUGGGGCUGCCGAAGAAGAAACAAAGGAGAAGACCAGCGAGGUCCCCAAGAAGGACGAAGAGAGAGGGAAACAAGGUGACAGCGAGAAGGAGUCAGAGAAGAGCGACGGGGACCCCAUAGUUGACCCGGACAAGGAGAAGGAGCCAAAGGAAGGGCAGGAGGAAGUGCUGAAGGACGUGGUGGAGUCGGAGGGGGAGAGGAAGACGAAGGUGGAGCGGGACAUUGGUGAGGGCAAUCUGUCCACCGCCGCCGCCGCCGCCCUGGCCGCCGCCGCUGUGAAGGCCAAGCACCUGGCCGCUGUGGAGGAGAGGAAGAUCAAAUCACUAGUGGCCCUGCUGGUGGAGACCCAGAUGAAAAAGUUGGAGAUCAAACUCCGGCACUUUGAAGAGUUGGAGACCAUCAUGGACCGGGAGCGAGAGGCACUGGAGUAUCAGAGGCAGCAGCUCCUGGCCGACAGACAAGCCUUCCACAUGGAGCAGCUGAAGUACGCGGAGAUGAGGGCCCGGCAGCAGCACUUCCAGCAGAUGCACCAGCAGCAGCAGCAGCCCCCGCCAGCCCUGCCGCCAGGCUCCCAGCCCGUCCCACCGGCGGGCACUGCCGGGCCGCCCGCGCUUCACAGCCUGGCUAUGGCUCCGGCCUCCGUCGCCCCUGCCCCCGCUGGCGGCGGGGCUCCCCCCGGAAGCUUGGGCCCCUCUGAACAGAUUGGGCAGGCAGGGUCAGCCGCGGGGCCGCAGCAGCAGCAACCAGCUGGAGCCCCCCAGCCUGGGGCAGUCCCACCAGGGGUACCCCCCCCUGGACCCCAUGGCCCCUCGCCGUUCCCCAACCAACCAACUCCUCCCGCAAUGAUGCCAGGGGCAGUGCCAGGCAGCGGGCACCCAGGCGUGGCGGGUAAUGCUCCUUUGGGUUUGCCUUUUGGCAUGCCGCCUCCUCCUCCUCCCGCUCCAUCCAUCAUCCCAUUUGGUAGUCUAGCCGACUCCAUCAGUAUUAACCUGCCCCCUCCUCCUAACCUGCAUGGGCAUCAGCACCAUCUCCCGUUUGCCCCGGGCACUCUCCCCCCACCUAACCUGCCUGUGUCCAUGGCGAACCCUCUACAUCCUAACCUGCCGGCGACCACCACCAUGCCAUCUUCCUUGCCUCUUGGGCCGGGGCUCGGAUCCGCCGCAGCCCAGAGCCCUGCCAUUGUGGCAGCUGUUCAGGGCAACCUCCUGCCCAGUGCCAGCCCACUGCCAGACCCAGGUACCCCCCUGCCUCCAGACCCCACGGCCCCGAGCCCAGGCACAGUCACCCCUGUGCCACCUCCACAGUGAGGAGCCAGCCAGACAUCUCUCUCCCUCACCCCCUAUGGAGAUCAAGGUUCCAGGAACAGCCCUCUCCCCACCACUGGGACCCUUCCCCAGCCUGGAGAGUUCAUCACUACGUAAGGAAAGCUCCUCCUGCCCCUCCAAAGCCCCCACCAUGCCUGUCAGAGGCAUGCAUUUUUAUAUCGGAUUAUUCAAGGACUUCUGUUUAAAAGAUGUUUCUAAUGUCUGGGAGAGAGGAUAGGAUGGGGAUGCUGCCCUCAAAGAAAGGGCUGGGGAAAGGUGUUUAUACAAGGUUCUAAUUAACCACUUUUAAGGGUGCACCCCCUCAAAACUACUGCAUUUUUUAUGGAUGGAAAAAAAAACAACAACGAAGCCCUUUAAAGGAAGUAGAGAGACAUAAAAAGCCCACAUUGGAGCUCCCUCCACCCACUAAAAAAAAAAAACAAAAACCCAACUUUUACAUUUUUUGGAGGGAGGUGACAGGAAAGGGGAAUUAAGGUUCUGGGAGAGCUCUGGGGAUAGAAUAGGGUGCAAAAUCUGUCUCCUCCAGUCCCUCAUUAGUGACCGAAUCCACUCCUAAACCCCCUCAGCCACCCCAACCCCAGUUUAUUCCUACUGAUCUCUCCUGCUGCCUCCUCAGUGUUGCUGUUUUAGGCCACCCCAGCUCAGCCAAUGACCCCUUUCCCCCUGAAUGUCAGUUUUGUGUUUUUAAAAGUCACCUGCGUAGUUGA